CUCAGGACAGAGGAGACUAUUUUAGUUGGCCACUCACAGAAGACAAGAGGAGCCAUUAAGUUUGACUUGGGGGUUUUCUACCUGUCAUUUAAAGACAGCUGCUUCUCACCUCAGCAGGUUUUCUUCUGAGACAUAAAAAAGGUAUGUUGUUUUUUCUCAAGAUGAUAUAGAGCAAAGUUUUAACAAUGUGAGCUAUCUAGAAUUAGUUUCAGGACAGUAGAAGCUUAAUUAGAUGGACUUAGACAUGCACUUUUACUUUAGAUGUAAGAUUUUGUUCAGUAUGACCAAAUAUAAGAACUGAAAAAAUGCCAAGUUAACUCAAGUGUAUCUCUGUAUUUAGUGAAUAAAGACAAGCCUGCAGUGAUUGUUAAAGAACCUCUAGGAAGAGUGUCCAUUGAGUGUAACCAUUAUAAAAUAUAACUUAAUUAAUGUGCAUUUUAGUCAUUUUCUGUUGUGGAGAACACAAUGACUUUGUUUGAUUAAUUAAUCAAACCUACAUAUGUUAGUCUGGUUUUUCCUAUGAGAAAAAAACUGGUUCUUGAUCUUCAUUUUGCCUUAAAAAAUGGACUGAUAUCAUAAUAUUAUUAAAUAGAUAUCAAAUAUUAAGAAAGAAAUUCAUUGGAAAUAUCUGAAGCAGUCAAGCGUGUGGAGCUGCUAAUUCAAAGGUUUAUUGCUUGUAUGUUGAUGUACCAUGGAGUGGAUGCCUAACAUUAAUGUGAGAAGUAGAUACUGGGCGUUAAUUUCAGAAUCAGAUCUAUUAGUUUUAGAUAUGCGCUGAGUUUAGUGCUGUUUAACUAUUUUAUACAGUAAAAAUACUCAAAGCUGAUGCUUGUGUCUUCUACUGGAACGGCCACAGAUGAAAAUCUGAUUUAGAUUUUAAUAACUUUAUUUUUACAGAAAAAAAGCCGACCAUGUCUGAAGGGUAAGUUCUAUUUUUUAAUCAAUAAUGCUUUUUGAUUUUUCAUUAAACUAUAGAUAUUAAAAACUUUCUCAUGCUUAUUCUAACUUCUAUGGUUUAUUGUCCUUUCAUCCUCAUAUUUUCUACAACAGAGGGGUAAGUUGUUCCAGUUUAAGUAUUGUCAUUUUUUGUUUUUUAAGUUAUGUUUUACAUUUCGUUUGAUUGUUGUAUAAAUUACUGUUUCAUACUUCCCUUUCUUGCAGAGAAAAUCAAAGAUCACUGCAUCUCGCAGAUUGGCUCUCAAGGUUGUUUUCUUCAGUUUUCAUUCAAUAAUUAGACACAGAAAAAAUGGCAAGAGUCCACACACAAGUGAGCAAUACAGAUUCUGUGCUACAAAGUUAAUCGUUCUAUGUUUUCAUAUAUGUCAGACCAAGCUGCUGAAAAUGGCAACAGUGAUGUGGGAGAAGGAGAAGGAGGAGAAAAAGAGGGAGAGAGCGACUGCUCUGAAUGAGAGACUUCCUCCACUUCAGCUGUCUGGUUUGUCCCUGCAGGAUCUGCAGGUAUGUGCAGGUCACUGUAUCAGCAACUACCACCACCAAUGUAACAACAUUAUUGAAAUUCGUCAUAUGAUAGCCUCUCUCUGUGAUACACACAGCCAGAUGCCAUUCUUACAGCAUGUUCAUUUGCAGGAGAAGCUUUAGUGGAGAGGGGCAGCAUUUUCUACAUUUUAUACUCUGUUUGUAGCUUCACUAUAGUGACACAAGUCAAAGGACUCUUCAUGUUUCAGUUUCCCAAUUAAUGAGUGUUGCAUCUCUACGAAGGGAUGAAGUCUUAAGAUUGAGAUGUGCUGCUCUGUAACAAGCCAGAGGAUGUCAGGAUUCUCUGUCAUCAGUUCAUCAACUGUAACGUGACUCUGUCUGUCUGUCUGCAGUCCCUGUGUAAAGAACUGCACCAUAAGAUUGAUAUUGUCGAUGAAGAACGCUACGACAUUGAUGCUAAAGUCUCCAAAAAUGACAAAGAGGUAAAAAAAAUUGACUGAAUUUGAGAGAAUUUAAUUCCCUUUCAGCUUUUUAACUUAGUCACUGACCUUUUUCAUCAUCACUCAUACAUUUCUCUGGAUGUUUUGCAAAAAGCAGCACUACAUAUUUUCAAAGUAUCAAAAGUAAACAGCUUAAUGCUUUGUCUGGAUAAAUUAAUCAAUUUAAAACUUAUAUUUUUCAAAAGUUAUACAGUGAUUAAAUGUGGAAAUGUGUCCCACAGAUUGAAAACCUGUCUCAGAAGAUCAUCGAGCUGAAGGGUAAGAUGAAGCGGCCUGCUCUGAAGAGAGUGAAGAUCUCUGCUGAUGCCAUGUUGGGUGCUCUCCUGGGUACUAAGGUCAAAGAGUCCGUGGACUUUAAGGCCAACCUUAAGACUGUGAAGAAGGAGGAGGAGAAGGUAAGCGGAGCUGCGAUAACACUAUUUAGACUUGGUUGAAGUUUUAUUUACCCUGAUUUCAAAGGAUUUCAAGAUUAAGUCAGACCAGCCUGGCUACUUGGUUCUAAACUCAGGCUUUAAACAUGUUAUGAUGAUAAUGAAAUGGUAUUGUUAUUUGUAUAAUUUUAAGUACAGUUUCACUGAGAAUGAUUUUCUUCUUAUAAACAGAAAGAGGAGGUGACUGACUGGCGUAAAAACGUGGAGGCCAUGUCUGGUAUGGAGGGCAGAAAGAAGCUGUUUAAUGCUGGACAGUAGGCUCCACAUCUAUG